CAAACAACACAUUUACUUCACAUUCGUCUUCUUAAAAAAAAGACUUCUCAACUCUUACAAGAAAGAAACAGUAGUAAUAAACAUUAGCUAGUACCAGCAAUGGAGUUUUUCAACAAAGCUAAAGCCGUUAGGAUGCGUAACGUUCAUGAGAAGUAUCUGAUGGCGGACGAGGACGAAGAGACGGUGACUCAAGACAGGAACGGUUCCGACAAGAGGGCUCGUUGGAUCGUCGAGCCGGUUCGAGGUUCCUUCGAGGUGAUCCGUUUAAAGAGUUGCUACGGUAAUUACCUCACCGCUUCGAACGAGCGGUUCUUGCUCGGUGCCACGGGGCGUAAAGUGGUUCUGUCUAAACCGAGUCGGUUAGACUCGUCCGUCGAGUGGGAACCGGUAAAGGAAGGAUCGAAAAUGAAGCUCAAGACUAGAUACGGCAACUUCCUCCGAGCCAAUGGUGGACUUCCUCCGUGGCGUAACUCCGUCACUCAUGACUCUCCUCAUGUUUCGGAGUCGUUCUUGUGGGAUGUUGAUCUCGUCGAGAUCUUGGUCGAAACGACCACUCCGGCGACAGCUCCGGCGACAAUUCCUCCGCCACAUAGGAGGAGGCCGUCUAGUCCUCCGAUGUCUAGAACUUCUUCAGAAAAUUCAGAGGAAGAGUUGACUCAGUCACCACCGAAAUCUGAAGGGAAGAUCAUACAUUACCAUAUCGCGGACGAAGAAGGACACGUGGAAGAUGAGUCAGCCGUUGGAUACGCUUUGACUUUCAAAGGAAACAGCGUGGAACAGUUGACGCAGGCGCUGAGGGAAGAGACUAGCAUGGAUGAUGUUGUUGUCUGUACACGCAAUCCUUUAAACGGCAAGCUGUUUCCUCUUCGUUUGCGGCUUCCGCCCAAUAGCGGAACAAUGCAUGUCGUUCUGGUACCCUCAAGUUCCUCUUAAACGGCAUGCUGUGUGUCUCUUGCGAUAGUGGUCUUAAGUAUUAUAGUUCACAAGAUUUGAGAGAUGGUGUUGAUCAAAAGGUACACGACUAGUCCUCGGUUCCAUUAGAUAAGAGUGUUAAUUUUAGAAUAUAUAGAUGGAUUAUUAUUGUGGGUGCUAUAAUCUUUCAUUUUAUUGUUGUACAUAAUAUUAUUUUGUAAACGAAUCAUUUUAAAUUUAAUUGUAUGUGAAGUUGUGAACAUUAUUCACCAUCAAGAA